AUCGCAUCUGAGUAGGCACGGUUGCUGAAGGAUUGUUGAGAGAGAGGUGAUAUACAUGAUCAUUAGACAAUCUGUUGUCGGUCCAGAGGUGGGAACAGCCCGCAAACAACAGUCAAGAAGUACAUUAACUCUGAUACAGCAGCUGUAUUUUGAAAAUUGCCCAGUAACCCUAUACAAGCCAAAGCAAACCAGCUUGAAACCAUCAGUUUGGAGUAGCUCGCAGACGUAUCGAGUAGGUGGUUUCCAGAGAUCUCCGCUAGCUAAGCCUCUACACGCGUUCUGAUUGGUUAUUCAACCCGCCGACGUGCGCCAAGUCAUGGGAGCGUGAUGGGCGGCCGUCUGCAUUCACCUAGUGACCUUAAGCUAGGUAUCAUCAACCACAACCCAGUGUCCACGACGACUCUACAUUUGUUUUCGCUUGAAUCUAAAUCAUGGCGGAGACUACAGCGCCGGAAAACGUCCAGCCGCCGGCAGACGCAGAGAUGAACGAUGAUAUAGACGCUACAAUCGAAGCCGACAUCCGCCCCGAGGGCGCGCAGCCGGAUGCCAUGAACCUCGACGGCGCCACCGAGACAGAGACCGCCCCGCAAGUAAAUGGUAUCCCAGAGCCACCGCUGGAGGCGCGCAUACCGGCGAAGAAAGAUGCAACACUGAGAGAGUUUCUUUCGAAAAUGGACGAUUGCGCUCCUAUUAUUCCCGAUGCUGUCACGCACUAUUACUUAACACGCGCCGGUCUGCCUCCACCACCGCAAACGUCUCCCCACCUGGCCCGCCUGCUCGCUCUAGCCACGCAGAAGUUCAUAGCAGAUAUCGCUGCCGAUGCCUACCAGUACUCCCGAAUCCGUGCCUCCAACACGACAAGCAAUAACCCCUUGGGAGGACUUGCAGGUGGAGCCGGACCGCAAGGUGCGACAGUACCUGGUGGAGCACAGGGCGGCAAGGACAGCGGAGCCAAAGCCAAGGAUCUUGCGCUUGGUGCUCCUCGUCCGGGCUACGGCGGAGGUGGGCAAGGCGGCAACCAGGGGCGAACAGUGCUCACAAUGGAAGAUUUAGGUAUGGCUGUGGGCGAAUAUGGUGUCAAUAUCAAACGGGGAGAAUUUUAUCGUUAAGAGAUUGCACAAAUAUCUUCAAGUCUGAGAUGUUGUGUGUUGGGCGAGGAACCCCUGCACCGAGACACUUUCGGGGGAAGUUGGAAUGCUCAAUAAUGGCUCCAACAUUUCGGCGAUGAUUCGACUCCCUUGCUCCUGGUUUCAGACCCGGUCAACUGUCAACAAUGGCGGAUCACAUGCU